AUGAAUCAGCAGGCUGUGGGCUCCCCCUCGGCUAAUUAUACUCUUCCUGGGGUGAUGCAUUAUUUACAGACAGAGUUUACAAAGAAUGAGAGGGAUAGAAUAAACUGGGAACUAGAGCGGUGUGAAAUGAAGGCUAGAAUUGCUCAGUUGGAAGGGGAGAAUCGAGACUUGAGGUAUUUGUUACUGAAGACUAAGCAGCAAUAUAAGGAUGGGGAUGGUGUGGAUGGGGAUCUUCAGGAGGAUAUGAGUUUCAGUGAGCCUUCUCUUCUUAAGUCCAAGUUGUCAGUGCAAGAGAAUGUAAAGGAAAUAGUUUAUUUAUUGAAGAGCCCACAGGUUACGGACCAAUUGGAUGCUUGGAAUAACAAAGGGUAUUCUCUACAUCUCCUGGAAACUAUGAAUCUCAAUUGUAAGAAGAAUGUGGCGGAGGCAACAAACAAUAGUUCUGGAAGUGGCGGGGGUGAUGGGCGGGCAUCGCCUAUGGAUGCUUCGCCGACAUUGCCAGAGUUGGAGAUUCCAAAUGCAUUGCCGCCAAGUCCUUUUUCUUUAAAGCAUGGGAAUGGUAAGAAUUAUGAUUCAGAUCAGGAAACGGUUAUUUUAGAAGAUCAGUUAGCGCGGAUGCGGCCGCCUUCUGCAUCGAAACAGACUAGCACUAUGAUUUCAUCAUCUAGACGAUCUUCCUUUAGUUCACUGUUUGAUGUAAACGCAGGUUCACCGAAAAACAUGACAGUGUCCAAAGCAAUUGUAGGAAGCGAUUCAUUAGCUUUUGUGGAUAAGAUAACUGUGUUUCAGAACAAUUUGCUCACCUUGACUGGCGACGGCCAUUUGAAAUACUGGGUAAUUGAUCCAACCUUGGAAUUGAACGAUAGCCUUACAAUUCCGAAGUUUCAUGGAUUAGGAACUGAUGUACUUGGUAUCUUUUGGUGGGAUUCAAAAACAUUUAUUACAAUUGAUCAGACCGGCUUAAAAGUCUGGUCUAUUGAGCUUCCGGAACCUGUAAUGCAAUGGGACUGCUUUCAAAAUUUUGAAUUUGAGAAUAUUGACAUGAUUGACUUCAAGAACAAAUGGCUUGUCUUAAAAUUGGGAGGGAAAAUUUUGAUCUGGAAAAUUAAUAUAGCAAGCGAAGAAGAUUCAAUUAAAAUGGCAAGUAAUUAUGAAAUAUGGCUAGACGCUGAAGAUCCUACAUUCUUCAUUCUAGGUCUUACAGAAGAGUCUCUAAUCGUCUUGUAUCUAGAUCCAUGUCACUUGGCGAUAUACAACUUCCAAGGUAAAAUAUUACAACAACUCGAUCUAGGUCAUCUGGUCAAGGAUUUACAACCUCGAGGCAAGAACACAACUCGAUUGGUGUUGAAUAAAAAGACUUCAAAGGUUUUGGUUCAAAUUAACAACCAAAUAAUAAUAUAUUCCUUUGAUCAAAAGAAAACAGUUGCUAACUUUACACUUGAAAGCAUACCUAGCAAUAUAAUCUUCAAAUUCAAUUCUGAAUCCAUUAUAUUAGGCUACGCUGACGGUACUAUCGAAAUCAGAAAUCUAACUGAUAUUAGAAAUAUUAUUAAAAAUUAUAAUCAUUAUGACAUCAAAAAAUCAGCAUCUGCACAAAAUACUAACAAGGGCCAGCAAUCAGAUCCAAAUUCUGAAACUAAUACCGAUGAUGAUGAAUCAUCUGUGAAAAGCUUCAUGAGCAUGGACAUUGCUGUAGUUGAUGGCACUCUUGCAAUUGUUUCUGGUGGUGAUAACGGACUCAUACGUCUAGAGAGUGUCUGGGAAAUUGCUUAUUAG